AUGGAACACUAUUUUGGAACAUACUAUAUAUUUUUGCUAAGACAUCGCACUGCAUUCAGUAUGUCUGACGGAGACGUGUCGUUGAUCCGCGACGAGGACGUUCUACGUCGCAUGUGGCAGCAGACGCAAGACUUUUCCCGGAAGAAAGAGAUACGUGCCCACAUGUAUCGGCUGCGAGAGGAGCGAUUGCGCAACCUCUACUCGCCUGAACCUACCGCCGAUUCAAAAGGUUGUGAGUUCACGUCAUCGCAGGGACAUGUGAAGUCCUUCGCGGACCAAAGCUUCCAAUCCAUGAAGAGCAAGGAGGUGCGCGACGCGGGCUCCCCGCCCAAGGAGUUCAUGUACCGCGGCCAAGAUUUGAAGGAGCUUUCCAACGCUGGUUGGAACGUAGAAUCAGAAAACAGAACUACAGACGAUGGCCACACUCACAUCAAAACCGUUCAGGCCAACAUCGAAGGCAAGUACGACGUAGAAGGCGGUAAAGGACAGUUCGUAGCAAUAGAUCACAACAAACAAGCUGUUACCGAAUACGACGACGGCAACACCAGCCUGAAGAAAAAUGAGAGUUCAUCUAACACUGCCGCACACGAACAAGUCGUCCGCCGACUUGACGAUGGAUCUCAUUUCUCAUCUAGCACCAGCUCAUCUACUGCUACGUCAAAGUAUCAGGAAAUCUCCUCCACCACUCAUGAUGCUACGCCAUUUUUAACUGAAGAGUUAGACCUAACACGACAAUAUUACGAUAACAAACCUAACGAGGAAAUGGUAAUAAGAAGGAUUACGAAAACGAACGACUAUGAACAGAAUUUAAGAAACAAUUAUGAACAAGGAGAACUACUUUCACGGAAGGUUGAAUAUCCAGAUGACAACACCAAAGUAAUAGUUGAGACUAGAUGCCUACCUGAUGGCACGAGAGUAACAAGCACUCGCCGGGAAUUUCGAGCUCCAGUAGUACAAAGUUGCCGUUCAGAACAUCAUUCACAAAAGUCCAAAAGUGAGAGCAAGUCCACAUCUCAUUCAACAUCAACGCAGCACUCAGAUUUCAAAGAGUCUUCGUCUAAAAUAAUUCUUGAUUCUUUUGACAACCGUAGCGAUGGCAUUGUUGAUCAUCAAAGAACUUUAGAUGACUAUGAUUUUAAAAGAAAUUAUACUAAUGACUAUUCAGUCAAUCAAAUAGACGAUUACGGACAAACUACACAACAGCAAAAUAAUAAACAAAAAUAUGAGACAAAAAUUGAUGAAGUUGAUCGUCACAACGUUAUAUCGUCAGAAGAUAAAGAAAAUAACCAACGAGUAAUAUAUCACGAUGUAAAAGAUCAAACGCAGUACAGAGAAGAAAAUAAAGAGAUAAUUCAUGAUAUAAGGAAUGAAAAACAAAUAAUUGAUGAAGUUGAUCAUCACAAAGUCAUAUCAUCGGAAAAUAAAAAAGUUAACGAACGCGUAAUAUAUCAAGAUGUAAAAGAUCAAACGCAGUACAGAAAAGAAAAUGAAGAUACAGUUCAUGAUGUAAGGAAUGAAAAACAAAUAAUUGAUGAAGUUGAUCGUUACAAAGUUAUAUCAUCCAAAGAUAAAACAGAUAACCAACGCGUAAUAUAUCACGAUGUAAAAGAUCAAACGAAGUACCGAAAAGAAAAUAAAGAGGUGUUUCAUGAUGUAAGGAAUGAAAAACAAAUAGAGGAAAAUAUCGAGCGUAAAAUAAGUACCGAUAGAUAUGAAACAACAUAUCAAUCUGAUUACAACCAGAAAAAGAUAAGCACAGACUGGAGUCCCUCGCACCAAGCUUGGGCUAGUAGCUUGAGAUCUGAUACACCAACCCGCCAGACAACAAGAGCUUCUUCGCCUGGCAGUAGAACCUUUGUAUCGAGCAAUUCAUCCCUGAGAAGCAGUGUCAGUCCCGAUAAAACCCAUAGAAAACCUUCUAGCCGAGGUGGGAGUCCCACAAAAACGGAUAGAUCUUCCCCCAUUCGUAAUACAUCUGAGAGAUAUUCAAGUACCCACUCAAUGCAUUCUGUAGAUGAAGUAAAAGAAUUUCGUCGGUCUGAAGAUAAACCACCACAUUCCAAAUCUCCGGCCAGAUCAUCUUAUAGUCCAGAAAAGAAAGUCCCAAAUAACUAUCGCCAGAAACCAAGUGUAAGUCCCGAAAAGACGUCUUCUUAUUCAACUCCCAGAUACCGCGAUAGUCCUGAUCGAAAGCCUGAGAAUAAAGUUGGUUAUGCUGAUAAUUACCCUCGAACUACGUCUCCAUCGCGACAAACACAAAGAAAUUACUCUCCCACAACUCCUGAACGUAAACCAAGUCAUCAUUCGGAUGAUAAACAAAGACAUACUAGUAACUAUCCUCGCAACAUUUCUCCGGAAAGGUCAAAUAUUUCUGGAUCAUCACCAAGACAAAGCUUAAGCCCUAACAGAAAACCAGCUUAUGAAAGACCUCAUAACAGUCCUGAUAGAAAAUCUGGUUUUAAAACACAUCUAUCGGACGAAUUGCUAAAAGAUACAAUAUCUACAUCUACGCGGUCAUCUCCAAGUCCUGAAAGAAAACCAAAAUACCACGCAUCUGACUUAAAACCAAAUCAAGACAAAAAUUCGCCGUCAGCAUUAAAUCCUGUCCAAAAACCUAAUGCAGAGAGAAAUAGUGUUAGUCCCGAAACAAAACCAACUUAUGACUCUAUUACAAAACAAAACACUUCGAAAACCAUCAGACGUAGUCCCAGCCCUGGGUCGUGUUAUCAACGACCCACUACUCCUAAUAAUACUCCAAGUAAUGACCGACGAAGUAAGAGUCCAGAAAGAAAACUAGAACAUACAAAUAGUAAUAAUGAUUUUUAUCCUGAUAGUGAAGUGCCAUCAAAUUUCCCUAUAGAAAAGCCUAGAGACGAUAAAUCGGCAUAUCCUGACAAAAUAUCUAAAGAAACACAUAAAAGCAUUAAAAAAGCCCCCGAAAAUGAUUAUUCUACGAAAACACAGAAUAAUAACUAUGAAAAACAAUUACAUAAUAGAGAUUCUGGAAGCCCAGAAAGAAACCCUCAUGUUGAAAUGAACAGAAAGUCACCCGUGAAACAAUCUCCUACUACUUAUUCCGCAACGAAACCUUAUACAAAAGGCACAACAACGGUAAAAGAAGAUCAUUAUAAGUUUAUAGACGAAGAAACAAAGAUGUAUACUCCUACUGAUAAAACAGAUUCUACUAACGAAAAUCAUCCUUUCACUAAUGUACCCGUGCAAAAGUCUCCUGUAUCUAAGGGGGUAACAAAGGAGCCAUCUCCGAAUAAGAGUUCAAUUAAAUUUACAGAUGAUAAGUUAUAUGAAACAAAAAUCGACCAUACGACUACUGAUGUUUUAAGGGAGCACAACGAAACCAUUUAUGCUAAUAAGCGGGAACACCAUACGCCAAAAAGAAUUGAAAUAUCGCCACUUCCAAAUAAAAAUGUUACUUCGCCAGCGAAAUUUAGUACGCCUGAUAAAAAACCCCAUCAUGAAGAGCCUAAAUCACCUACAAAACAGCAUCAGCCUGUACUUUCAAACAAAUCUUCUCCAAGAAACAGCGUUUCUCCUUCUAAAACAUCAAUACAAGAUAAUAAACAUACAUUAACUACUGAUUUUAUAGACAUCGAAAAGUCCUCAGAGGAAGCAAAUAAAAAAAUAACGGAUACAAGACAAGAAACAGUGAAAAGUCGAUCUCGCCAACUCGUUACUCCAUCUAGUAGCCCUACUAGGAAACUAAAACCGGAAAAUGAACCAUCAACUGGACAAAGUUCUCCUACUACUUCCGUAAGCGGAUUUGUAUACUUUAGUUCACCUCGUAGGGAAAUUCUUGUAACAGACCUCGAUGAUAGUACAAUUAAUUCAGAAUUAACUGGAACGAUCACCGACAUUAACGCAGUUGAAGUUACGAGACCAUCGUCACCCUCAAAAAUACCCUGCAGAUCUCCAUCUCCACAGAAGGUAUCAUCUCCAAGCAAGAGUAGCUUACCAAGAAAAAGUUCAUUGAAGAAAACAUCCUCUGAAAAAAACCAAGUGCCUUCAACAGAACAGCCCCCGUCUAGCUUCCGAGUUUCUCCAAAGUCUGAUUUUCCUGAGAGCGAAGUUACACAAAAUCACCCUAUUAAAUCGGAAAAUACUGUAGUAAAACCUAAACCACCACUCGAACGACGUGAGACAUAUGAGGAACGUUGCCUUAAAAUACUUGGCAUGAUGAAAGAAGAUUCCUUAAAAUCUGUAGAGGCAACAGUACAUUCUAAGAAGCCAGAUUCUAAUUUGACGUCGCCCAGUAUAUCACCUUGCGAAAGUCCUGAACCAAACCACUCAUCUUUUAAAGAACCUGUAAACAAUAAGACUACUGAAGAAAAUAAAAACCUCACGGACUUUUUAACUAAAGAAUCGGAACAUAUAAUUAAAACUUCCUCUUUAAUUGAAAUCGAGCAAACACCGAGGCAUAAACCAGCAGCAGAAAAUGAUAUAAAAUUGCGUGAGCGAGAGAAAAGUCCAACCAAAACAAAAACACAACAUGAAACUAUCAGUUUUAUUAAAGAGAAGGAUAGAAUAACCGACGACGUAUCAGGCACCGUUAAGACAUUAGUGACAUCUAAGAAAGUAACUUCGAGCCAUAAUGAUGGUACGCCUUUAGCUAAAAUAAAGCCGGAUAAACAAAUAUCAAGAGAUACAUCACCUACAAAGAGUCAUAAUUCAGAUAAUACGCAAAAAGCACCUGCCAUAGAUAUUUCGCCUGGUAAGAAAUUUGUUACAAACAAGCAACCAAACUUAUCUAAGGACUCCUCACCGUUGCAGACUUUAGCCCCAGAAAAAACACCUUCCAGAGAUACUUCGCCGACAAAACUUCGAGACAUAAUAUCACAUUCGGAGUUUAACAAUAUAAAGUCUAGUACCAUAUCUUCAAAUAAUGAUGUUGAGAAAGAAACGAACAAAAAAAUUGUCUCAAGCAAAUACCCGUCAUCACACAGUGUUGAUUUAAAACCCAAGAAUUCCGAUGAAGAUUCGAAGCCAGAAUAUUCUAGUAGUCCAACAUCAAAGAUACCAGGUAAGAAGGUGGAUGUAGAGCACCAUGAGUAUGAUAAAGCUAAAAAGCCUUCGUCUGACUCAUUAUCGAAACAGGCAUAUAAAAUUUUCGAAAGACAAGAUGUAAGCGAAGACAAUGAACUGGAAUCAAAACAAACCGGUCUUCAAUUACCUAAAGCUCAUGAUAAAACAAACAGAUAUCCAAAAGAAGUAAUACCAAACAAAUAUGGUAGGCCUCGUAGCCCUGAUAAAAAAAUUGUCCAAUCAAAUAACACAGAAGAGGAUGAAAAGCGUAGAAUUGAUAAAUUACCGCAUUCUUUGUCUACAGUUUGUAAAACUUCUGAAGAUCAGUCUAAGCUGGUAUCGGUAGUCAAAGAACAAGAAAAGCAAACAAAAUUGCUUACUCAAAAUGUGGAUGAGACCGAAGAUUACACCACACAGCUUAUAUUAUCUGAGAGAGAACAAGAAGUCAUGGAUAGGGUUCAAAAAUCAUUGAGAAAAUUAUCUCCUGAGCGUAAAGAAAGGGCACCUAGUAGGGAAAAAAGCCCAAUGAAGACUAGCACCUGUUUACGAGACAUUGAUGUCAAGACUCAUUAUCAGGAGACACGUGAAGUACUUGAAGCAGAUGAAAGUACGGAAACUAUUCAAAAACGUGUCAUAACAGCAAGGGACGAUGAUACUCGUAGAAAACCAAAAUCAGAUAAAUCUAAAGACAUAAAGGUAUCCAGCAAACCUUCGUCUAGGAAUGUCUCUCCAACCAAAAAGGUAACAAACAUGUACAGUCCAAGAAGUGAAACACCUGAUAGUGCAGGUAAACCACGAAGCACAUCCCCUAAGAAACAUUUAACAUCAAUGGAAAGGCCUAAAUCGCCACAAAUACAAAAAACAACUAGUGUAAAACCUAAAGAACAUGUACCCUCUCAGUUAACAAGAAAACCGUCACCAAUCAAAGUUGAUAAAACUACUACAAAUGAAAUAAAGAAAACAAGCGUUACAAAACAAAACAGCUUUACUAAAACAGCAACCACAAAAUCGUCAGCCACCAAGACGAAUCAAAGUAUUGUAAAUAAAAAUAUUGACUUAGAAGCUAGAAGAACAACAACUUCAAAAAUCUUAAACAAAGAUAUCACUUCGAAAAAAGAUACGGGUGUUAAAGUGACACGGACAAGCAGUGACAUUACACUUAAAUCUAAAAAGCCUACGUUCCCACAAAAAGUUAAAUCUAAACCAGAAAUACAAGUAAAUGACAUUUCUACUUCGAAAAUCAACAAGCAAAUCAAUAUUACUAAAACUGACAAAACAGUAUCAAAAGAAUCGCAAUCUAAGUUGCCAAGCAAACCCAAAUCGGCUACUGCUUUAAACACAUCCGAUGAUGAUGAUGACGUCAUUAUUGAUGUUCAGCAAGCAAAAUCUUCAAGAGAAAAUUCACCGGAUCGUAUUUGUCCUACUCCGAUAAACUUUUCUGAUGAUGUUGGCAUCCCGAGAUUCCCCGAUGAAGUAAAUGAACCAGAUGACGACUUUCACAAAAGAACACACCAUACAAUUCAUGAAACAGAAUCAAUUGUUGAUGAUAUAGUCGAAAUAUGCGAAGAGGAUGAAUUGUUUGUCAAAAAAACCGAAGAAGAACGCGUUACAGAUGCUGAACGGAGCAUAUUGACUGUCGAUAAUAAAGUGUCUAAAUUUACCAAAAAACUUGAAACUAUCAAUAAACCCAAAGAUACUACCACGCGUUUUAAACAUACUGAACGAAAAGUACAUUCCGACUUUAUGGAUGAUAAGCUUACAUCAGAUGAGUGCUUACUUUCAGUUUCUGAAAAAGUUAAUAAAUUCGCUAAAGGUCCUAGCAAUACAAAAGAAAGCAGAAGUCCAUCACGUAACAUUAAAGAUGAAUAUGAUAAGGAUACAGUAUAUCAAGAUAAUUAUACAAAACUUAGUGUCAACGACAAGGCCCACUUAUUUAUUGAAACUGCAGAAAAUAUAAAGGUAUCUAAACCAAAAAUAGCUCAGAAAAUAGAGCGUCCAGAUUUGAAUGACGUCGAUGAAUCACUUAAAAGUGAUGACUGCUUGCUCAGUGUUUCAGAUAAAGUAAACAAAUUUGUUAAAACCGCAGAACAAUUUUUGAGUGAAUCAUGUGAAGUUGAGGAGAAAGAAAAGAAAAUUAAGGAGCAGCAUGAUCAAAUAAUGAGGAAAAUAAUAGAAAAUGUUGAUUACGAUUCAGAUUACGAAAGCAAAAAUUUAAAAAUUCACGAGGAGUUUAUACGAAACAAAGAACUAGAAUCAAGCGACGAAAUUGUACAAUUGUCCCAAGAUAAGCCGAAAGAUAUUUCGAGCCCAAAUAAAAGACCUACAGAAAAAACUCCUGUUAAAAUCACAACUUUACGUAGUAGUGAAGCUGUUAAAAAGGCAAAAGCACUUUUUGAAAAUAUUGCAUCGAAUAAUCAAACCACUAAGGACAUUAAGUCACACACUAGGGUUACUAAGUUGACGGAUAGUAAGAAAACGCCGAAAGCAGACUCACGAGACUCAAAACCAUAUUUAGAAAACGAUUCUCUAAAGGUAACUAAAGUUGACAGUGAAAAAGAGAUUUCUAAAAUUACUUCCAGUGAAGAUUCUAUUAAAAGUCCGAUAAAUAUUCCAAAACCUACACGUGAGCAUGAUGAUAAACCAAGGCAAAGUCCAUCGCGACUUAGAAGUCAUUCCCCAGAUAUAUCAAGGAAUAAGUCUCCCGUUUGGAAGUUAGCCAACACCACAACGACUGUUAAUACUUCCGAAGAGGUUUCAUCAAAAUAUCCCACAUCUGAAAGAUCAGAAUCACCUCUACAUCGACACGAACACGAUAUUCGUGAAAAGUCGCAAGACAAAAUUCCUGGUUAUCUGCGUCCAACAAAAACAAGCCAGCUAAAGGACGAAACGAAGGUAAUAGAAACGACUGAUGUUAGCAGUCGAAGAGGUAGUGGAAAAUUUGGAGUCGAACUUCGCCGUACAAGUAUUGAAAGAUCUACAAUAAGCAGCGAACGUCGUCGCAGUAGCGUAGACCAUAAUCAACCCAGUAUUGAAGAUAUUUUCAACAUUAACCUUCUAGAACAAAUGCUGGAUAAGGUCGUUGGUUACGAGCAGAGGCGUCGCAUCAGAGCGCAAAUACGAAUCGCGAAGAAAAGUCAGGAAAAUAAAGACGUGACUAAUUCUAACGCUAUAAAAGAAACUGUCGUGACCAUCACAAAAGCUCCUUCAACAGAACGGCGGCAAAGAUCACACACCCCUGAAUAUCAGACGAGAUCUACCCCUCAAAAAUCUCCGGAAAGGGAAUCUAAAUCGUAUCAGAAGAUUGAUUCACCUGUAAGGCAGUCUUCGCCACAAAGAGUAAUUUCUUCUGAAUGUGAAAUAAAACCCCAUAUUGACAAAACUCUUUCACCAGAAAGAAAAUCUCCUGAUCAAAAGACUGUUUCACCAGACAUAACAAAACCGAAUGAUCAAACGACUUUGUUUAACGGUCACACUCAAGAACCAAGCAAAAUCUUAGUUGAAAAGAGACCACAGAGUCCCUCGAAACUUCCACAAAAAUCCACCGCAACAUCCAAAAGCCCAUUACGUCCUACGAGUCCCGAUAAAAAAGCAAGACCUGCCUCCCCGACAAAAUCGACCAGACCUAGUACUCCGAGUAAAUUAGCCAGACCUAUAUCUCCGCCUAAACAAGCCAGGCCUGCCUCUCCGAAUAAACAAACCAGACCUGCCUCUCCAACUAAAUCAGCUAGACCUGCAUCUCCUACUAAAUCAGGCAGACUUGCCUCUCCUACCAAGUCAGCCACGACUAAAUCUACAUCACAUCAACUUAGCGAGUAUGCUUCUGUUUACAUGAAGAAGAUAGGUCUUAAAACGGAAGGAGUGAAGACUUCUCCAUCGAAACUCAAAAAAUCCCCUGAAAAUCUUGUUAAACAAGAAGAGACUGUUACACGAAUAGAAGAUGAAGCAGUUGAGAUCGAUCAAACAUCAGAUUCUAUAAAUAAAAACGUAACAGAACGUACAUCAUCUGAGGAUGUCAUAGAGAUUAUGCAGACUAACGGAAAGAGGUCUCCGUCUCCUCAGGAGAAACGUAGCUCAAAGCGCAGAUCACAGAGUCCAGAAAAAUCUCCAAGUCCGGAAUCUAGGAGGCCAAUACAGCAAGAGACUAAGGUUGAGAAGACAAAAGAAACCAUCACUAAGACCGUGAAUGAUAUUGGAAAAAAGGUUCCCACUAAACAGUUGCAGGAAGAAAAACCUUCAUGGGUUACUAACAGGAAUCUGAAGAAAGUUGCUUCUACAGCAAGAACGUAUAGCAGCAAAAAAAUCGAAUCUGAAAAACCAAAGUACCGUGCUCCCAGUCCAUCCAAAGUUAUUUCAAAGCCAAUCGAUGUGAUUACGUCUAGCUAUGGGCCUGGACCUCUCGACGCGGACGGUAGACCACUCUUUGGAAUAAAAGCGCUUAGAAAUGGGGCUACAAACUAUCAAGUAAAGGGCACGGUGAUUCGUCAAGAAUAUCAUUCUAAGAAUGGAGGAGAGCCUGUAGGCACGGUUUCCGUUACCGCUUACUCCACGGAGCCUGAGGAUUUGGAGAAACUGCUACAAGACCAAGGAGAGCGACCUUCGAAGAUCCACGGACUCGCCGCUAUCACAACCACAAAGAAGUUUGGAGGCGAUACUGGAACUACGUACAGUGAGAUUCAUACUAAAGAAGACCGCGCAGCAUUGGACCAGUUUACUCACAGCGACCGACGAGUGAGUGAGUCCAAAAUCGAUCGCUCUUCAGAAAUUAGAUACGUUGAAGACACGAGAGAGAAGAAACACAGUGUAACAGAGAAGGGCAACACUUACAGCGUUGAGUGCCGUCACGAAAGGCAUGAUAAAGAGAACGAUAGCGAAUACUCCGUGAAGAUCACAAGACAAGAAGAAGAAAGCGAUAGCACGCAAAAAUACGACCAGCAGGAGAUCUCUGAAACCUACAUCAUGGAAAGCAGGAGAGAAGACAGUAGAAGGCAAAAGGAAACUGUAGAUAGUGGCUAUAGAGUUGAAAUAAAAAGGCAGGAGAGAAUUGGCGAUGAUCGGGAAACUAGACAUCAUGAAAAGGGAGUGGGGAACGUUCGUAAAGACAGAGUGGAGAGGAUUCAAACAGUAGAGAGAGUACCGCGCAGUAAAGAAACUGGGAAAUCUGAGCGAAUUGUGGAAACUAAAACAUCAGCCGUUCGUCGAGGCUCGGUCAAGUCACUUACGGAGAAAUUCAUUAAAAACGCAAGUGAAACCAGCAAGAGCGAGCGUAGCGCGUACCCGAAGGCGGGACUCAUCCUGCGCAGCAGUGGACUGAAAGACUCCGUCUCCAGCGACUCCUCAGCGCACGCUGGUCUAACGCGGACAGACAGCGAGCAAAGCCUGGGGUCCGGUGACGACAACGUGAUUACAACUACUACCACCACCACGACGACAACACGGCGGCAGGACAUGGGCGAUGGCGAUACCAGCACUACGCAUACCCGCACCAGCAACGAACGCUCGUUCCUCGACAGCAACACCAAGGUCACCGGCGUGCAGGACAUUCUCACCAGGAUGAAGAACGCUGACAUCGUGGUGGAGGAAAGCGACAGCUGCGAGGACGCUGAGGCGCGUGCGCUGCUCAACAAGUUCCUCGGAGCCAGCGUGCUGAUGGCCGGCAUGCAGGGCUACGUCACCGAGCAGCCCACCGGCAAGGUCAUCGUCAAGCAGGAGACAAUACACAGUAGCGGUGGUAAGGUGACCAGCAGCACCAAGGUCGAGGAGUUCGACUUAGAGCGGUGCUGGGACGAACGCGUUCUACGAAAACUUCUGGAAGAGUGCAGCGACUACGAACAGCGACGUCGUUUACGUGCACGCAUUCGCACACUCAUGGCGGAGCAAGAAGCAUGCACGAGCGCAGUGACGGAGGCGCUCGCGGCGGCGGGUGAGGACGGCGAGUCGCGCGGUGAGUCUCUACUUUUGCCACUGCUGCACGGGCUGCUGGGCGCGGCACGGGGCCGUGAGCGCGAUGGGGAGCAGGGCAAGGAGCGGGGCGGGGAGCGGAGCGGGCUGGCAGGCGCGGGAGCCGCCGUGUUAGCGGACGUGCGACGCGCGCUUGCCCGCUUACGUGCCGCUCUCGCCCCACCCGCUAACCACCCACAAGCGCAGGCACUGCUCAGCCUCGCCGACCGCCUGGAAGACGCUCUGGACGCGGCCGACCGUCUGGACGGAUGUCCUCGCACUCGUCGCCGAAGACGCGCCUCGCGGCACACUGUCGCCGUCACGCACCAAGAUCUGGAAGAGGCGCGUCGUCUCAUAUCCGACUCUCCACAGCAACCCGAACCCUCCUGCGAGGAGAAGGUGACCCCCACCCACACCUCUGUUGAAGCUCCACAAAUGAGCCGCGAAGUGCGCGUGGUGAGACGCACGCCGGCCCCACGCCGUCCGGACUUCUUCCGACACUCAGUCGCGGACACCUUGCAGCCGGACCCCGUUCCGCGUUGGCCCGAAUCCAAAAGUGGCAUCGCAGCGAUCGCCAAUAAGUUCAAUUCCAACGUCGAGAGCCCUCCCCCUCCGGUGAGGCGGGCGCCGGUGAGUCGCCCGCCCCCCGCGAGUCAACGGUCCAUGGAAGAACCGCCGCGUGCCCCGCUCUACCGCCCCCCACCUCCCACAUACAAUUUCGCAGUACCCCCAUCCGCUGACGACGUGUCCAAACCCUUGAACAGAUUCAGCAACAGCAAACGCGCCCGCAUGAAACGAGCGAACACUAUAGACAUAGGUAAGCCGCUGGGCGGUUAUCACAUCGACGUCGAAAACGAAGAUGCCCACCAUGCGCCGGCCGUACCGGAGUUUCGUCCGAAGACUGAAAAUGAUCGCAAGUUUCUCGCUUUCAUGCAAAAGAACCAGGAGAACGAGCGCGCCUCGACUGCUGGGCCAGCAAAUUGGAGCAGUCGGUUCGGUAACAUAAAGAACGCAUUCGAGAACCGAGAGCGGGAGCAACAGAGUACAAGAUCUGUUAGUGCUUCCUCAUCCUCCGCUAAACGGUUUUGGCAAGCGAGCGACGAGCAUACACCAAGGCCGCGAAAAUUCCUUUCCGACAUUACGACAGACAUUAAUAGACCUCCUUGGGUUUCGCAACGCAGGGAACCCAAUCGAGCGCCCGCUGCACCUCCUGUGCUACCCCCCAGUCACUCUUCCCCACUGCAAGCACCUAUUCAAUAUACAGCAGAAAAACCUUUCAUUGCAAAACCUAUUCCAGUUAACCAAUUUUCCCACGCCCCGAUGUCACCAUUUAAACCUCCUAAGAAAAUUGCGUCGCCUAUUUCCGCUCCUCCAAAUGUGUGGAGUCCUCCCUCGUCGAAUAUUAUUAGAUCCCCGACGGCAGAAAAUCUGCCCGAAUGCGCAUUUAUGCCUAAAUCGUUUGUGCCCAGUCCCCCGGUUCCUAGAGUGCCGUGGGCAACUGAUAACGAAAAACCGAGAAAAUCAUUUGGUCAAGUCGCUUCUAAAUUCGAAAACGAAAAGUUCACAUCGCAAACCGCUCCACCCCCAAAACUUUACAGUUACCAACCAUCAACACCUCCGACCCGUACCAUAUCUCCUCAAAUUCGGGGUUACCCCAUUAAAGCGAUUCCAAGUCAGAACGAUUUAGCCGCACCGGAGCUCGUGAAAAAAAUUCACGAAACAAAUCCGCAUCGCAGCCCGGAACCUUUCCCCGAACCUGUAGACGCUCAGAAGCUUCAAAUAGAGUUUUACGAGCGACAAAUACGCGAAAAAAGUCGCCGCGGAUCGACCACGAAUGUCGACCGGAAGCCUCCUGCAGCUCCCGCUCCUCUCCCCACUUACACCGUAGUCGACUACACUCCUCCCAACGCGGCGGCCUCGUUCGUCCCUCUGCAACAGACGCCAGACAUAGAGAAAGCGAAAGCGCACAAGGUGGAUUACUUACCCGACGUGGUGAUGAACGAACGCGGAGGCGAGGGUCCAAUGACAAACGGAGACGCGGAAGAUGCCACGGAGCACGACAGUGUGGAGACGAAGGUGAUGAGAGGACCCGUGAGAGGUUCCGCCACCAUCACAACUGGUGUGCGCACGCGCAACGGCGCUGCUGACAGCCUCAGCAGUGCACUUCACCGCCUCGCUUCCCCCAAGCACGACAUUUUCCCUCAGAUGGAUAGACAGGCUCAGAAAGCUCAGAGAGCGGCCAUAUCGCCGGGGGGCUCCAGCGAAGGAAGCCCGAAUGCACGCUCGCCUGCAUCUCCCGCAUCUUCGCGCAAGCUCGCUGUUCGCACCAAGUCCAUGCACCUGUUGGCCGCGCCCAAGCUGUACGAGGGUGGCAUCGCCCGCGAACAGCUGCCCGAGAAGAAGCGCACGGUAGAGGCGUACUUUUCCGGGCGGGUGGGGGCGGGGAGACCUGGGGCGGGCGGCUACGCGCUGGGCCGCAGCCGUACCGUGGCCACGCUGUCCGAGCUGCAGCUGUUGGACGAGAGCAACGCGGACGACGCGUUCGAGGACCUGGUGUCGGCGCUCGCGUAG